CCGAGUGUUCAUUCGCGCCCCGUUCAGCAAACCUCAAGUCGGAUCAGCAGUUGGUGAUCAGCAAUGCCAAUCUCAACCAUACCCGCCUUCAGGGGCUCUGCAGCGAGCCGCAGCUUGACUGCGACGACCAGACGCUGCAUUGGAAGAAGAUUUGUGUCAACUUCGAUGGCCUAUAAUCCAAAAACGACCAGCUUCAACUGGGAGGAUUCGCUGGAUUUGGAGUCGAUGCUAACUGAGGAUGAGAUUGCCAUACGGGACACGGCGCGAUCUUAUUGCCAGGAGAGACUCGCUCCUCGAGUUAUUGAAGCAUGGCGCACAGAGAAAUUCACACCUGAGAUAAUGAAGGAGAUGGGCGAACUUGGUCUCCUUGGGCCGACAAUCGAUGGUUACGGCUGUGCCGGCGCGAGCAGUGUUGCUUAUGGACUCAUUGCUCGCGAAAUUGAACGCAUAGACUCCGGGUACCGCUCUACGGCAUCUGUGCAAUCGUCCCUCGUCAUGCACCCCAUUCAUGCAUUCGGUUCCGAUUUCCAAAAGGAGCGCUUCCUACCGGCAUUGGCCAAAGGCGACCUGAUCGGAUGCUUUGGUUUGACGGAACCAAACCAUGGCUCGGAUCCUGGAGGAAUGGAGACUACCGCAGCAGAGGUUGACGGCGGUUUUGUAAUUAAUGGCAGCAAGACUUGGAUUAGCAAUGCGCCUAUUGCGGACGUUUUUGUUAUAUGGGCCCGGUGCAAAUGGGACAACAAAGUCCGCGGAUUUAUACUUGAGAAGGGCAUGAAAGGCCUUUCGGCUCCCCCUAUUAAGAACAAGCUCGCCCUUCGGGUGUCUCUAACAGGAUCUGUGUUCAUGGACAACGUGAAAGUGUCGCAUGAUGCUCUCUUGCCGAAGUCAAGGAGUUUGGGAAGCGCGUUCAGCUGCUUGAACAACGCAAGAUACGGCAUAUCUUGGGGUGUCAUGGGCGCAUUGGAGGAUUGCGUCAGCCGUGCCCUUGCGUACUCGCUGGAACGCAAGCAAUUCGACCGCCCUAUCGGCUCCUUCCAGCUUGUCCAGAAGAAGCUAGUUGACGCUCAGAGCGAAGUUACUCUCGGACUUCUUGCCUCGUUGCAAGUAGGUAGGCUAAAGGACCAAGGCAAACUCGCGCCGGAAAUGGUUAGCCUCGUCAAACGCAAUAACUGCGGAAAGGCGCUCGAACACUCCCGGAGAGUGCUCGACGUGCUCGGUGGGAACGCCUGUGCUGAUGAAUACCAUAUCGGCCGACAUGUGGCGAAUUUGCAGGUUACGAACACGUACGAAGGGACAUACGAUAUCCAUACCCUCAUAUUAGGCAAGGCGAUGACAGGUUUGGCGGCUUUCGCGAACUAGCGUCUGCAAAUGUACUCCGUAGUAUACAUUCCCAAUGCAACGUCACCUGGAUAUUCAAUAAAAAAUAU